ACCAUGGCCCCGCAGCCCACAGGUAGCAGGAAGCGGAAAGCUUCCGCACUCGACGCCGCCGCGUGCGGCUCGACGGGGCAGGAGUUGGCUGGGGCGGACGGAGAGGGGCGCCUGCUGCCCAAGAAGCAGAGGGUACCUGCGACGCGUCACUCGCUGGUGCACUACCUGAAGGAGCGAGAGGUGGGGGCGCGGGAGCACGGGGGACUCUCGGGCUUCGAGGGCGAGUUGAGCAGCCACGCGGUGCGGAGCCUGCCCCAGUUGCUGAAGGAGAAGCCGGUGGUCCUGGGCACACUCAAUAAAGUGUUCGCAUCACAGUGGCUGAAUGCCAGGCAGGUGGUGUGCGGCACCAAGUGCAACACGCUCUUCGUGGUGGACGUGCACUCGGGCCACAUGACGCGCCUCCCACUGAUGCAGGACAGGGUGCCAGAGCUGCACCAGGCUCAGCAGAACUGUGGCAUCCAUGCCAUUGAACUGAACCCCUCUAAGACGCUUUUGGCCACCGGGGGCGAGAACCCCAAUAGCCUGGCCAUCUAUCAGCUGCCAACCCUGGACCCUGUGUGCCUGGGCGACCAAGAAGGCCACAGGGACUGGAUCUUUGCUAUUGCCUGGAUAAGUGACACUGUGCUUGUGACUGGUUCCCGUGAUGGCACGGUGGCUCUGUGGCGAUUGGAUCCUGACAUUUUCAGUGACUGUGUUGCAUGGCGCAAUGCAAUGGGGUUCCCAGUGUAUUCCCACAUCUGUCCAAUGGAUAUGGAAGCCAUCCCCAGGACCAGCACCAACCCCAGGAACCGCAAGGUGCGUGCCCUGGCCUUCAACAGCAGGAACGAGGAGCUGGGAUCCAUUUCCCUGGAUGGCUAUUUCCACCUGUGGAAGCCUCGGAGCUACCUCUCCAGGCUGCUGUCCAUCCGGCUGCCCUACUUCCGAGAAAACGUGUGCCUGACCUAUUGCGAUGAGUUGUCUCUGUAUGCUGUUGGCUCGCAAGCCCACGUCUCCUUUGUGGACCCGCGCCAGGCACACCACAACAUCCGACCUCUGUGCUCACGGGAAGGUGGUACCGGAGUGCGUUCCCUGAGCUUCUACCAGCACAUCAUCACCGUGGGGACGGGCCAUGGCUCCCUGCUCUUCUAUGAUGUCCGAGCUCAGAAGUUCCUGGAGGAGCGAGAGAAGGUUGUGCUGAAUUCCUCUCCAGGCACUGCUCGGAAGAAGCUCAAGCUCACCUGCGGCAGAGGCUGGCUCAAGCACGAUGGCCCCUGGGUCAAUUACUACGGUGGGGUGGAAGAACUCCCCAAUGCGCUCUACACCCACUGCUACAACUGGCCGGAGAUGAAGCUCUUCGUCGCUGGGGGGCCUCUCCCCUCUGUGCUCCACGGGAACUAUGCGGGACUGUGGAGCUAAGGAUGGACUUGUACACAAAGUGUUCUAAAGCUUCUCUGUUGUGCAACAUUUAUGCUUUCAAUUCCAUUUCAUUUUUUUUAGAUGUUAUUGGCCCAAUUUAGCCCUCUCUUCCAUGCAGAGAAAGGAAGGGGUGAUUUGAUUAUUCAGAACAGCCUUUGACUUUUGUUCCUCCCCAGUAGUAACUUUUGGAAGUUACAUCCACAUAAUACUGGCUAAACAUUAAUCUCAUUGUGUCUUUGAGAGAUUCACAGAUACUGUUUCAUUAAGGGGAGGCAGUCAUAUGCUUACAGUUUUGUGUAUUUCUUUUUGUCUCACUACUAAUAUUACAGCAUUAUAGUGUUUAUUUUUAUUGCAGAUAUAUAGUAUAUUCAGAAUAUUUUCCUAACCAAAGUUUGUACUAUGCUCUGGGGAACUUAAUGUUCUACUGUAGUAUUGUAAUUGCAAAACAUAUUGUAAGUUCUAUGUUAGUUUAAAGAAUAUUUCAUUUGAAAAUUGUUGGUGUAUACAUGUUCUAUGUUGUUGGUUCUGAAGUGCUUUUUAAUAACAAGUCAGCUGAGAAUAUUGGCUUUUUAACGGAUCUUAAUGCUUAUAAUACUUUAGG